UAGCGGAUGAAGUUCUUAAUGUUGAGUUGGCAGUUUGGCUUUAGCGCAAAUUACUUUUGCUGUCUGGAACUGGUUUCUUUUUAGAGCUGACUUCACCUCCGCUGUAUACAUUUUAAAUACGUGCUGGAGAGACGGAUGUGGCUGCUGCCAUGACACUGAGGAGAGUAAACGUGGUCAUCCUUGUGCUGCUGGCUGUAGCCUUCCUGAUCAUAGUUGAACGAAAUCUCCUCAACCUCAGUGACUUUUUACACAAGGAACACCCAGAUGCAGGGGCCAUUCUUCCCUUUGAGUCCGAGUUGUCUCCGGGCCUCAGACUGGAGCCGCCGAGGAAAGGAGAGGAGAUCCCUGUCCUCAUCACUGCUGCUGAGGAGAGACUCGGCGCCGUGGUUGCUGCCAUGAACAGUGUCUACCAGAACAGUAAAGCUAAUGUUCGCUUCACCAUUGUGACCUUGAAUGACACAGUGGACCACCUAAAAGUGUGGCUGAGUAACACAAAGCUAAAAAAUUUAAACUACAAGAUAGUUAUUUUCAUGCCUGAGCUCCUCAGUGGGAAGAUAUCUAAAGAUCCUCAGAUGCAGGAGGCAGCAAAACCGUUGACGUUUGCCAGGUUUUAUCUGCCUGCAUUCAUACCCAAUGCAGAGAAAGCCAUCUAUUUGGAUGACGAUAUCAUUGUACAAGGCGACAUUCAAGAGCUUUACGAAACCAACCUCAAACCAGGACAUGCAGCUGCCUUCUCAGAUGACUGUGAUUCAGCUUCUGCUAAGGGCAUCGUUCGAGGGGCGGGAAAUCAGAAUAACUAUAUAGGUUUCCUGGACUUCAAGAAGGUGGCUAUCAAUAAGCUGGGGAUGCGGGCCAACACAUGCUCCUUCAACCCCGGGGUCAUCAUCGCCAACCUGACCGAGUGGAAGAACCAGAACAUCACCCGGAGGCUGGAGCACUGGAUGGAGCUUAACACACAGGAGGAUUUGUACAGUAAAACACUGGCAGAGAGUAUCACUACUCCUCCUCUCCUCAUCGUUUUCUACAAACGCCACUCCAACAUCGAUCCCAUGUGGCACAUCAGGCACCUUGGCAGUACAGGUGCUGGAAACCGCUACUCCCCACAGUUUGUAAAAGCCGCCAAACUCCUCCACUGGAAUGGACACUAUAAGCCCUGGACUAGAACAUCCUCUUUUACUGAUGUGUGGGACAAGUGGUUCAUUCCAGACCCCACAGGAAAAUUUCAUCCUGUGCGAAGACACGCAGGGGACAACUAGACUGAAAAUGGGCUUCAGGAACCUUUCAACCAGCCAAGCCAGCCCUGUCCCAGUAGGACCACGCCUCGUGAUAUCUCAGGAACUAAGUAAGGCCUUUUCACCUGCCACCCCUGUAUUUGACUUCUACCAUGCCAUCCUAACACCAUCUGAACAUGUAAACCUGUGUACUCUCCUAUUACCUUGAACACACAGAAUUUACCUUUUUUCUAUAGUACAUCAUAUUGUUGCCCUUGAGAUUGCUUCGACUUGCAUUCCUCAAAAUAUUCUGAUGAACUGUUGAAACCGGACUGUUUUACGAAAGAGGCAUUGACUGUAUUUUCGUCCCUAUAAGAGCAGUGUUUCACCCUGAACAUCAUCAGAGAGGUGUGGCAUCUGAACGUAAUGACCUUAAUAGAAAUGUAUGCAUCAGUCCCAGUCAGUAGUAAUGACAUACAUUGUGACAACACGCCAAGAUCACCAUGUACAACUCAAGCCAUCAUUGCUAAAGUCAUUGCGACUUAAGUAACUAUGUUUACAUGCAGCUAAAUAAUGACUAAUUUACUUUAUUCAAAUACUAAAUGGUUUUAUAUAGUGACCUCAGAUAUAAUAGUGUAGCACAGUUGGCCCCAGUUUAACUGCUUUAGAAAGGUUCCCUUCAGAGUCUGAAUUGUAAUCAUGUUAGCCAUGCAGAUGCCUCAUGUUUUUACCUCAAUUUACUACUUCCUGUGGAAAAGUUAUGAAUUUUAUUAUUCUUAAUUACAGCUAAGAUUAAUCAGACCCUAGUUUUAACAACUUUUAACAAUGGUCUGUGAUCAGUUCAGAAAUUCCAUCACAAUUAGACAAAAAUACCGUUUGAACUUUUUCCCCCUUUAAAAACCCAUUGCUCUGAAUGACACUAACAAAUAUAAACUGUUAAUCCAGUUCAACUGAAGUUAAUCGCAGCCAGGUUAAUGGUGCCCCAGCUAUCAGUAACUACGCCAUAAAUAAACACUAAUUCUGUAUUGAAAUAUCUCUCACGCUGUUACAGUGUAGUUGUUUGACUUUAUGCAGACCACUAAGCAAACUGCACCUCAGUAAAAAGUGAAGAACAUAAUAUUUGCACAAAAUUUUCAUGCUUUAUCCCUUCACUGUCAGGAUUUUUAUAUACAUUGAAAUGCAUUCACCUUGCUGGUGUAAAUACUUUUGUAAA